UGAAUGACUCACCAGCUGAACUUCCACUGUUGCUUUACAACGUGAGGCACUCCUUCACUCAGUCAACUGUGAGCUCUGCUGAGGAAAUCUGAACUCUGGGCGGGUUGUUGGAUGUUUUACAACUCCUUCAUUCACUUCCCUCUUAUAUGCUGCAACAGCCACCGACGCUGACAUCCACAUUAGCACCAGGCAUGCUAUCACCCGAGGUAAACUGACCUCUUGCGCGUUUGCGGCUGACUUUCGUACCAGUUCACAUCAUGGGUGACUCGGACGCAGCGGUUUUAAGUCGCCGGAGAAGAGCGACAUUGGCGGGGGCAAGAGGAGUGAGUGUGCAGCUGGUGAACGGAAGGACUGCGGAGCUGAAUCGGAGACCAGUGACCGUCGGUGUUAGCAAUGAUAAUAGUGCAAUAAAGAAAAAACAAAAGCGGGACGGUUCACUGGAGGUGCCAAAGAGUGAAAAAAGGAAACGCAAGAAUGACAUGAGCGACCGUCUGAGUUGCCACAAAACACAGGAGUCGCUCCUGAGUUCAGCCAGUGGUUUCAGCAACUACAGGGGAAUACUCAACUGGUGUGUGGUGAUGCUGGUGCUGAGCAACGCUCGCCUCUUCCUUGAAAACCUUUUAAGGUACGGCAUACUAGUGGACCCCAUUCAAGUCAUUUCCUUGUUUUUGAAAGACCCCUACAGCUGGCCGGCAGCGUGCUUAGUAAUCGUGUCCAACAUCUUCAUUCUGCUGGCUCUCUACACAGAAAGACAGCUGUCAAAGAGCUCAUUCAGUGAAUAUGUGGGAUUUCUGGUUCACUGCGUUAAUCUGACAGUCAUGUUAACAUUCCCUGCUGCACUGGUUCUGUCGGUCCCCUCCAUGACACCAGUUGGUGGUGCUUUUGUGCUUGGCGUCUACACCAUUCUCUUCCUCAAGCUCUACUCCUAUAAGGAUGUCAACAUGUGGUGCAGAGAGCUGAGCUCUGCCAAGGCCAAGAAACUUUCCAGGUCGCUUUCCUGUCCUUCCACAUGCAGUUUGAAUGAAGGUGACCCUAAAGUGUGUUAUCCUGGCAACCUCACCUUCCGAGACAUGUAUUACUUCGUCUUUGCCCCGACGCUGUGCUAUGAGCUCAACUUUCCACGCUCUCCUAAGAUCCGCAUGAGCUUCCGGCUGAGGAGGCUGGUUGGAAUGCUUUUCUUUAUCCAGAUGUUAGUUGCUCUAACUCAACAGUGGAUGAUUCCAAUCAUUCAAAGCUCCAUGAAACCACUCGAGGACAUGGAUUUGUCCAGAAUGACUGAAAGACUCCUACGCUUAGCUGUUCCUAACCACCUGCUGUGGCUGAUCUUCUUCUACUGGUUCUUCCACUCAUCCAUGAACUUUACUGCUGAGCUGCUGCGCUUUGGAGACAGACAGUUUUACAAGGACUGGUGGAACUCUGAGACGGUGACAUAUUUCUGGCAGAAUUGGAACAUCCCCGUGCACAAGUGGUGUCUGCGCCACUUUUACAAGCCACUGCUAAGGAGAGGAUUCAGUAAAAUUGUCAGCCAGUCAGCAGUUUUCUUCUUGUCGGCUUUUUUCCACGAGUAUCUGGUGAGUGUCCCUCUCAGGAUGUUCAGGCUUUGGGCUUUUACGGGAAUGAUGGCUCAGCUUCCACUGGCCUGGUUUGUGGGACGCUUCUUGCGGGGUAACUACGGUAACGCUGCAGUGUGGAUGUCCCUCAUUAUUGGACAGCCGUUCGCUGUCUUGAUGUAUGUCCAUGAUUAUUAUGUCAUUCACUACCGACAGGAGACGGAAUGACCGUCCAACAAGACGUGGUUCAGAUACUUUACCCACUAAAUAUCAUAAAUAGUUUCAUUUCAAAUUUUUUUUCUUUUAAAAGAAGUACUUAAGUUAGCUAUAUAAUAGGACAUGAUUAUACAGGAUCAGAAGAAAGGAAUGAAAGAUUAGGAAAACAUCCUGAUACAGUACUGUACAGAAAUGUCUCAGUGAGGAAGGGGAUGUUACAAUGCAGUUUGUUGUUACUCAGGUGAAUUUUCCCCAGGGUCUUGUGAAAACCUGUGACUGUACAGAAAUGUAACUUUAACGAUUAUUUAUUGUUCUAAGAAAGAGAGAUAGAGCUUUGAAACAUUAUUCAGUGCACUGCAGGUCUUUUGAAUGUAUAUCUACCCAGCAAAUGGUUUGAUACUGUUGUCUGGGGCAAAAGUAAAAAAAAACAACACCCGUGGUUCCGUUAGGUGAGUCUGUUCUUCUCAAAGGAAACUAUGACUUUAUUCAUUUUCAAGGACGUUUUUCCAAAACAAGAAUGUACAUUUUGUUACCAUUUCUUAGUUUCAUUUGACUUCACCCUGAUCCUUUUAUGGAUUAUGUUUAAUUCACCUAAGUUGUCAAAGUCACAUGUUCACCAUGGGAACAGUGCAAAUCUUCUUUUUACUAGUUAUCACACCAGUUACUCAGUAAACAGACCGUAUUGAGAGGUAUUGCACUAUAUACAUACUGUAAGUCUCAGUUUGUGAAGAUGCGACUGUGAAUAUGUCAAAGAGAAUUAGGAUUUUUUUAUACAUCUGCAGAGAGAUUUGUCAUUGGAUUGGUUGUUUUACGUUGUAAUACUUUCUGUAAUGUAGGGUUUCAGAUUCAAAUACCAAAUGUUUCAUGUCACAGUCUAAAGAAAACUCUUCCAUCCAUCACAGAACAUUCUUUCCUUAAGUCAUUCUUAAAAACAACCAGCCUUGUCCAGUGUCAACAACAGUUCGACAGGGUGUUGGCUCUGUCAGCCAAAAAUGUGAGACAGCACUUGUUGGUGUUUCUGUAAAAUUUUGCCAGGCAUUAUCCACACUAAAGAGGCUAAAACCCAUCUACACCAUGAGUGCAUUAGGAUUCUGUGAUACAUUUUUAUUUUUUUGUUUUUGGCACCAAACCAACAACAAGCAGGAUAGAAAAUAUGAUGAAUGAUGAAUCCUCUACUGCAGCUGUGGCACUUAGAGAACAGGUGUUUAGAUUUAAAAAAAAAAAAAAAAAAACUUUUUAAAAACCUGACUUCAUCUUUAUAUUGUCCUUGAAGGAAAUACAGCAAUGAUGCUAAGAAAUGGACCCUUUGUUUGUGCCUUAUUUAAGCUGUAUUUUAUUAAAGGAAAUAAUCAGAAUGUUGUAGGGGAAAUGUUAUAUUUUGGCCAGAGUUAUUUGAUUUGUUUUCUUUUUAUAUUUUACUUUGCAUCCAAGGACAAUGGCCAGCCUUACUGUGCGUUAUGGUCUGUUUCAGUCUGUUGUUGCUUUAUACAUUUGUGGCACUAAAGAACACAUGACAUAUCCACUUUAUUUUUCUUUUAUACCAAUAAAAAAACACCUUUUUAUGUCAAAUAUUAUUUAAAAAUAAAAGUAAAGGCAGCCAUG